AUGGGAUCAUCGUGCUCUGAGGCUGAGUUUGAUACGACGUGCACAUUCUUGAAGCUGGUAUGUAAACCCCUAGUGAACUAUCGUUCACUCCGGAUGUGCUUCUUUUGGUGUUUCCGAAGCUGCUAUAUGGAACAUGCGUGUGAGUCAGUUUCGAGGUCCCUUUCCGAAAGUGAUAAACAACGCGUUGUAUCGUUUUGCGAUGUCGACGUGAAGAAGAUCAAACGAGCAUGGCUGGAGGAUUAUGACGAAAAAGCACGAGUAGUUCGGUGGAAACUACCCAUUGUUCAUGUGAAGCUGCGUAUUAGCAUCGAAAGAAUGUGGCAAGAUGCCCGUGACAUCUUCGCUCAAGUUCGUGAAGCUACCUCGGAAUUCGAAGAUGUUUGGAUGAAUAUAGCUCAUGUAUAUAUCGAACUUGGACAAUAUGUCCCUGCUUUGCAAAUGUGA